AAUAUUAUUAUAAAACAAAGGUAGAUAGUCCGCGAUUUUGUACUUUCUAUUUUUUUUGUUAUUUUUUUUUUACUUCGUCUAACACUAAUGCAGUAAAGUUACUGUCACCUGUCACUACUCACUACGAUUAUAGAUAAACCUUAUCUAUGUUUGCAAAUAAAGCUAUUGUAGUAUUAACUCAUGAACAUUAUUAACUAUUUACCAUUAUAAAAUUGUUUCAGUGUUCACCACUCCGACUACAACCACAUAAGGAAUAGACAAUACACAAUUGAGUAUAAUUCUUACUCUGUGGUAUAGACCGCGAUAUUGUGUGUGUAAUGAUAAUGACUAUAAAUUAUGUAUAGACGAAAAAUAGAAAGGAAAAAUUAGGACUACUUGCAAGUAUAAAAACAAAUUAUUAAUAUUUCGUAGUUGCGUUUAAUUAUAUCCCUCUCUCAGCUUAAGUUAGUCAUUUUUAAAAAGAAAAUAGUAUAUUAAUUGUCUAGUUAUUAUCAUUUGUGGUCGAAUUAAUUUCAAUUUUAAUGAACAUGUCUCCUUUAAAAAGAGAAUACUUGCCACCACCGCUAUCGCCAAGUCCAGUUUUGGAUAUAAGCGACGAUGAGUUGGUCACAAUAUCUGUACGUGAUUUAAACCGUCAACUAAAGAUGCGUGGACUAACUAGAGAUCAGAUAGUACGUAUGAAACAGCGUAGACGGACAUUAAAAAAUCGUGGAUAUGCUGCUAGUUGCCGAAUCAAGAGAAUUGAACAAAAGGAUGAAUUAGAAACAGAGAAAUCUCAAGAAUAUCAAGAGUUAGACGAUCUCCAACAUUCAAAUAAUAUGAUUAGGUCUGAAGUUGAAAAUACAGUUAGACAAUAUGAAAUGCUAAAAAGAUUUGCUGCUAAUAAUAAAGUAAUGUUACCUUUAGAACUUCAAUCAUUAUAACUUGUGUAUUAAAGUGGGCUUAACAGUAUUCUUACUUAAAAAUUAUUGUUCAGUAAAAUUAUAGAUAUGAAUUAUUUAUGUUUGGAACUUUAAUUGAUAUUAAUCAUUAUUUUUUAACUAGGUAUUUGGGAGUAUAUUAUAUUUUUAUGGU